UCUCUGCCAGUGCCGAAUGCAACCAUGGCGGCUAUGAUGCCGAGUUCCUCGACGGCGCCUUAUGAUAACGACGCCGUGGAGCGGGAUCUGAUUGACCCCGACGAUGCCACUCUCGACGAAUUGGACGACCCCAUAGAGGGUACUUCGGACCGCGCUCCCCUUACGGGCAACAUCACAUCACGACCUGGAGGGAACACACAGUCCUACCUGACCUCAACCAUUCCCGGCGAAGACCGACGCGCCCCGACCAACACCAUCGAUGAGACGGUAUGGGAAACGCUGUCGCGUGAUCUUCUGGCCAUCUGGGAGAAGAUGCAGCAGGUCUUAUACCCCAAGUACCUACUAGGUGGCAUGAUGCGCGAUGGAGGAGGCAUUGGAGCUGCCGAGCGGGGCGAAGCCGAGGGCUUAGGCGGCGGAUUGAGGAACCUCGCUGGAAGGUGGCCGGACGCAGAUGUUAUACUCCAGAGCGGCAUGAGCGAGGGGCUUCGCGACUGGGAUCUGUGGGGCCCGCUCAUCUUCUGCCUGUUGCUGAGCCUUUUCCUCUCCAGGGGCGCAAAGGACGAGCAAAAGGAUCUUGUGUUCUCGGGCAUUUUCGCGUUGGUGUGGAUAGGAGAGUCGGUGGUCACAUUGCAGAUCAAAUUGUUGGGGGGGAACAUCGCAUUUUUCCAAUCCGUGUCCAUUAUUGGUUACACGCUCUUCCCGCUCGUGAUUGCCUCCAUUCUCAGCGCUGUGGGCAUUCCAAUGAUUGUCAGAAUUCCCGUCUAUCUGGUCUUGGUUGCAUGGUCGCUGGCAGCAGGCAUCAGCAUAAUGGGCGGUUCGGGAGUGGUCAAGAAUCGAGUGGGCAUUGCAGUUUACCCCCUGCUCGUCUUCUAUAUCGCCUUGGGCUGUAUCUGCUUCAUCAGCUAGUGUGGCUCUUGCCGCCAUGUAAUCGUAGCCCACUCUGUUCUAUAUAUCUUUGUUU